AUGCUCGUAUGGGGGCGACUUGUCGAUCGCGUCGCCGCGAUGCUUGGCAGCCUUUCACUUAACAUCUCCCGGUCUCUAGAGCCACGCCUUUCUUGGUGCGAGCAGGUUGAUCCUGAUCGGCAAUGGAAAUUCCGUCCUCGCGAAAAAGACCGCGACCGUCAGCAUCCUGGUCCCAUCGAGCAUCCAGGUAGACCAAAGCGAGUCCACUUAGAAUAUGACAUCGACGACGACGAUCGUGCCCAACAGGGACCAGCGCGCGUGUCAGGGACUGGCAUCAUCGAGGAUCUACAGCAGCGCGUGGUCAAAUUGGAAGAGCUCCUGGCAGUUCGGCCCACUGCGGGCCAAUUUGGUCCCAUCAGAGACGCCCCGAUCCAGGAUUCUUGGCCUCAACCUGGCUCCACCGCGACGACCUCAUCGGUCCUCGGAACGUUGGUAGUAAAGGGCUCGCGAUCGAGAUAUCACGGCCAGAAUAACCGGAUCACUCUCUUGAACCAGUUUCCCAACGCCAAAGCAUUCAUCAACCAAUGCUCCACCGAUUCAGCCCUCGUAGGGCUAGCCAAGGAAGUCCAAUUCCUGCAAGCAAAAACCCAGGAGGUAAUUAAUUCACCCAACUCAAUGUCAGGUAUCGGGACAUUUGCAGAGCUUGAGAAUCUCUUGAAUCGCCUGCCUCCAAAGACGGCGUGUGACCGACUGUUGGAUGUAUACAUCAAAAACUUGGAAAAGACCUUCAGAAUUAUUCAUGUUCCUUCGUUUGUUCGUCGGCAUGGCAUAUUUUGGCAAAGUACAGACCACAAGUUGUUUUGUAUUGCCCCUCUCUUGACAGCAAUUUUGGCUGUUGCGGUUUGCCUGGAGCCCGAUCCAUUCUCCCCCGAACUUUUAUCCUCGUGGGACUACCUCAAAAACGACGCUAUUGAAUUAUUGCAGAUUUGGCUGAAUAAUCUCCCAAGAAAGUACCGGGUUGACCUGGAAUCACUGCAAGUUGAGACACUUAUUGUGCUGUCGCGACAAUUGAGACUUGAAUCCCCAGAAGAGCUCUGGAAAGCUAGCGGGUCUCUCGUGCGCUCCGCAAUAGUCAUGGGUCUUCAUGUCAAUCUCUCCCACAAUACAAGCCUCUCUGUAUUCCAGGCAGAGUGUCGCCGUCGAUUAUGGAUCACUAUUGUUGAGAUGGAUCUGCAAGUCUCGAUUGCUGCCGGCAUGCCUGUCAUGACGCCUGCGCUGGACUUUGGGCCUCUGACACCAGCGAAUCUUGAUGAUGGCAUGUUUGAUGAGUCCACGCUUGAACUACCACCCCCGAUGCCACUGGAAGAAGAAACUAGUGCUUCUUCUCAAAUUAUACUGGCAACAUCCUUGUCCCGGAGAAUCAGAAUCAUGGGUACUGUCCAGCAUACAACCUCACAGGACAACCUAGAAGAACGCCUUAGGCAAGGUCAGGAACUAGAAGACUGUUUGAAAUCUAUUCCUUCUCCGCUCAGGCUGGAUCACUACAUGGCAAGCGCCAAACCCGCGACCGCCCUUCACAAUGUUCUGUUGGAUGUGUUUCUUCGCCGCCCAUUACUCUGCCUUUAUCGGCCUGUGGUGACCAAUAGUGAUCACGAAAACGCCUCAUUACACGAGAUUCGACACUCUUGUCUCGAAUCAUCAAUAGCGAUUCUCUCCUAUCAGGAUUAUUUUGAUCCCAAUACUACUGACCUUGAAGUCAACUCGAACGUAUACUGGAAUGUCUUUCACACCUUCUGCCAACAAGACAUUCUCUGGGCCGCUCUCAUUGUAUGCGAACACAUCCGAUCAUAUUCGCAACAAACAACCGCCCCAUCCCCUGAAAAUAAUCCAUUGGAAACUUCCUUGUACAGCCAACUGCCCAGCAAAGCCAGCCUUACGCGGCUCGUUGAAAAUACACUUGACAGUUUGACACGUCGUAUGCAGGAGAAGGGGAGCAAUGUCAAAGAUAUCCUUCUCCUUGCUGUUGUCCUACAGUCCGUUCGUGCUCGUGGCUCAGCGGAGCAAAGAGAAGAUCUGAUGUUUCAGGGAGCCAAGAAGACUCUUUCUGCCUGUCGCCAGCACCUGCUCUCUACGGUUCCAGAAAGCUCAUUAAAAGCUCAGAUGACAGGUCUUGCGCGAAUGUACAACACCGCCGAUGCGGCUUCAUUAAUUGACAAUGAGCUGCCGCCGAUAUCCACUCCUCUGAUGGCACAACUUCCUGACAUCACCCCACAGCCAUCUGAGCUUGCGUCUGAGUUCUAUAACUUUGAGAGCGAUCUUUUCUCAUUCGAUGAUGGGUCAUUCAUGUGGAAUAUGUGA